GCUCCGAGCCCGGCGGACUACUUUCCUCAAGCUGUGGCGGCAGAUUACCGACAACAUGGAAAGGAUCAAUCAGGAGAGACCAGACUCCCCUGAACCCAGCUGUGUGUCCAUGAAGAGUGACUGGUCUAUGCAUCGUCCUGUUCAGUUCAAAGAUGGCCACCACUCCAUUGAACAGAGAGUCCACCAGCAGAGCUCAGAUCCUCCCAGUGGUCAGCCAGCCCCGGGGCAUCAAACAGACCUGGACUCCAUAUUUAAGAUGCUGGAGGAGAACUCUGUCGCUUUUGUGAAGAACGAGCUGAAAAGGAUCCAGAAGGUUCUGAAGCCAGACUACCCAGAAUGCUUAGGGAGGCAGAGAGAGCAUGAGAAGGUGAUGGACGAUGAGGAGGAAGAGCAGAGGAGCAGCAUCAGAGAGGCUUUUGUGCAGAUCACACUGCACCUCCUGAGGAGAAUGAAGCAGGAGGAGCUGGCUGAGCGUUUGCAGAGCAAAACCUUUGCUGCAGUCUGUCAACGUAAACUCAAAUCUAAUCUGAAGCAGAAGUUUCAGUGUGUGUUUGAGGGGAUUGCCAAAGCAGGAAACCCAACUCCUCUGAACCAGAUCUACACAGAGCUGUACAUCACAGAGGGAGAGAGUCAAAAGGUCAAUGAUGAACAUGAAGUCAGACAGAUUGAAACAGCUUCCAGGAAACCAGCAGGAGCAGAAACACUGAUAAAAUCUGAAGACAUCUUUAAACCUUUACCUGGAAGAUAUCGACCAAUCAGAACACUGAUGACAAAGGGAGUGGCUGGCAUUGGGAAAACAGUCUUAACACAGAAGUUCACUCUGGACUGGGCUGAAGACAAAGCCAAUCAGCAUGUACACUUCACAUUUCCAUUCACUUUCAGAGAGCUGAAUCUGCUGAAAGAGAAAAAGUACAGUUUUGUGGAACUUCUUCAUCACUUCUUUACUGAGACCAAAGAAGCAGGAAUGAGAAAGUUUGAUCAGUUCCAGGUUGUGUUGAUCUUUGACAGUCUGGAUGAGUGUCGACUUCCUCUGGACUUCAACAACAACCAGAUCCUGACUGAUGUUACAGAGUCCACCUCAGUGGAUGUUCUGCUGACAAACCUCAUCAAGGGGAACCUGCUUCCCUCUGCCCGCCUCUGGAUAACCACACGACCCGCAGCAGCCAAUCAGAUCCCUCCUGAGUGUGUUGACAUGGUGACAGAGGUGAGAGGCUUCACUGACCCACAGAAGGAGGAAUACUUCAGGAAGAGAUUCAGAGAUGAGGAGCAGACCAGCAGAAUCAUCUCCCACAUCAAGACGUCACAAAGCGUUCACAUCAUGUGCCACAUCCCAGUCUUCUGCUGGAUCACUGCUACAGUUCUGGAGGAUGUGUUGAAAACCAGUGAGGGAGGACAGCUGCCCAAGACCCUGACUGAGAUGUACAUCCACUUCCUCGUGGUUCAGUCCAAACAAGGGAACGUCAAGUAUCACGGCACUGAGACAGAUCCACACUGGACUCCAGAGACCAAGAAGAUGAUCCUAUCUCUGGGAAAACUGGCUUUUGAGCAGCUGGAGAAAGGCAACCUGAUCUUCUAUGAAGCAGACCUGGCAGUGUGUGGCCUUGAUAUCAGAGCAGCCUCAGUGUACUCAGGAGUGUUCACACAGAUCUUUAAAGAGGAGCGUGGGCUGUACCAGGACAAGGUUUUCUGCUUCAUCCAUCUGAGCCUUCAGGAGUUUCUGGCUGCAGUUUAUGUCUUUCUGACCUUCACCAACUCUGGAGUCAAUCUGCUGACAGAAAAACAGCAAACCUCUCCAUCGUCCAUGACAUCAAGAAAUAUAGAAGAACUCCACCUGAGUGCUGUGGACAAGGCCUUACAGAGUCCAAGUGGACAGCUGGACUUGUUUCUCCGCUUCCUCCUGGGUCUUUCAAUGGAGACCAACCAGCGUCUCCUACGAGGCCUGCUGACACAGACAGGAAGUAGCUCACAGACCAACCAGGAAACAGUCCAGUACAUCAAGGAGAAGAUCAGAGAGAAUCCCUCUCUAGAGAGAAGUAUCAACCUGUUCCACUGUCUGAAUGAGCUGAAUGACAAUUCUCUAGUGAAGCAGAUCCAAUGGCACCUGAGUUCAGGAAGUCUCUCCACAGACAGACUCUCUCCUGCUCAGUGGUCAGCUCUGGUCUUCAUGUUGCUGUCAUCAGAAGAAAAACUGGAUGUGUUUGACCUGAAGAAGUACUCUGCUUCUGAGGAGGCUUUUAUGAAACUGCUGCCAGUGGUUGAAGUCUCCAAAACAUCUCUGCUGAGUGGCUGUAAUCUGUCAGAGAGAAGCUGUGAGGCUCUGGCCUCAGUUCUCAGCUCCCAGUCCUCCAGUCUGAGAGAGCUGGACCUGAGCAACAACCACCUGCAGGAUUCAGGAGUGAAGCGUCUCUCUGCUGGAAACUGCAGACUGGAGGCUCUCAGGCUGAGUGGCUGUAAUCUGUCAGAGAGAAGCUGUGAGGCUCUGGCCUCAGUUCUCAGCUCCCAGUCCUCCAGUCUGAGAGAGCUGGACCUGAGCAACAACCACCUGCAGGAUUCAGGAGUGAAGCAUCUCUCUGCUGCACUGGAGAGUCCAAACUGUAGACUGGAGACUCUCAGGCUGAAUCAGAGCGAGCUCACAGAGAGAAGCUGUGAGGCUCUGGCCUCAGUUCUCAGCUCCCAGUCCUCCAGUCUGAGAGAGCUGGACCUGAGCAACAAUGACCUGCAGGAUUCAGGAGUGAAGCGUCUCUCUGCUGGACUGGAGAGUCCAAACUGUAGACUGAAGGCUCUCAGGCUGUCAGGCUGUCUGCUCACACAGGAAGGCUGUGCUGCUCUGGCCUCAGCUCUGAGCUCCAACCCCUCCCAUCUGAGAGAGCUGGACUUGAGCUACAAUCAUCCAGGAGCCUCAGGAGAGAAGCUGCUCUCUGCUGGACUGGAGGAUCCAACCUGGAGCCUGGAGGCUCUCAGGGUGGACCAUGGUGGAGAGCAGAUGUUGAAACCAGGCCUGAGGAAGUAUUCCUGUCAAGUCAAACUGGACCCAAACACAGCAAACAAACACCUCGUCCUGUCUGAGGACAACAGGAAGGUGAGACUGGUGGAAGAGGAGCAGCCAUAUCCUGAUCACCCAGAGAGAUUUGACUCCUAUCAUCAGGUGAUGUGUGGAACUGGUCUGACUGGGAGGUGUUACUGGGAGGUCGAGUGGGAGGGAUGGGUUAAUAUCGGAGUGACUUACAGAGGAAUCAGCAGAAGAGGAUACAGUGAUGACUGCAGGCUUGGAGGAAACAACAAAUCCUGGAGUCUAGAGUGCUUUAAUAGAAGUUUCAUUGCCCGACACAAAAACAGAACAACAGCUGUUGGUGUCCGUUCUUCCUCCUCCUCCUCCUCCUCCCCCCCCUCUGGCAGAGUAGCAGUGUAUCUGGACUGGCCUGCUGGCUCUCUGUCCUUCUACAGCGUCUCCUCUGACGCUCUGAUCCACCUCCACACCUUCACCUGCACCUUCACCGAACCUCUGUACCCGGUGUUUGGGCUUUGGUUUGAGCUGAACACUGGUUCUAUGUUGGAGAUACAACUGAUGGAUGCUGCACCUCCUCUCAGCUCUCCAUUCAGUCCCUCAGUGUCUCUGUGUCUGAUGGAGUAACAAAACACUCACACUGCUGCCCAGAGACAACUGCUGAAAUGAUGUACAGGAUCUCUUCUCACACACACACACACACACACACACACACACACACACAUCAAAGUGUGUAUUAUUCCUCUUCUACUCCCUGUGUCACACACACACACACACACACGUACAACAACAUGGAUAUUUGAUCUACAGACUUUGAACCAGACACAAUCUACUUACUGAGGAUUCAUUCACUUUUCUAAAAUUAAAGUUUAUUGUAAAUGUGAACUAUUGGAGAUGAUUUUUAAAUCUUUACUUAUUGUCACUCUUUUGGCUCCAUCUGAAGUUUGGUUGUGUUAACCUUUGUUAACAGUUAAGAUUAUAUUCUGAAAAUCCAGGAAGUCCAUAGUGUAAAUGCUGUGUGCAGAAA